UUACAAAUAUGGCAAUAUUGUGCAUCAUUUUUGCUGUAUUUAAUUACAGACGAGCACACUCACAAACAAUCUCAGAGUUUUAGUAGUGUAUAUAUAGAUAUGUUAGGUUCUACAAUUUACUGUUUACUGGCUUUAACACUAAAAAUGUUAGGUUCUACAAUCUACUGUUUACUGGCUUUAACACUAAAACUGUUUGGUUCUACAAUCUACUGGUUACUUGCUUUAACACUAGAAAUGUUUGGUUCUACAAUCUACUGGUUACUGCCUUUAACACUAAAAAUGUUUGGUUCUACAAUCUACUGUUUACUGGCUUUAACACUAAAAAUGUUUGGUUCUACACUUUACUGUUUACUGGCUUUAACACUAAAACUGUUAGGUUCUACAAUCUACUGGUUACUUGCUUUUACACUAAAAAUGUUAGGUUCUACAAUCUACUGGUUACUUGCUUUAACACUAAAAAUGUUUGGUUCUACAAUCUACUGGUUACUGCCUUUAACACUAAAAAUGUUAGGUUCUACAAUCUACUGGUUACUUGCUUUAACACUAAAAAUGUUUGGUUCUACAAUCUACUGGUUACUGCCUUUAACACUAAAAAUGUUAGGUUCUACAAUCUACUGGUUACUUGCUUUAACACUAAAACUGUUAGGUUCUACAAUCUACUGGUUACUUGCUUUAACACUAAAACUGUUAGGUUCUACAAUCUACUGGUUACUUGCUUUAACACUAAAAAUGUUAGGUUCUACAAUCUACUGGUUACUUGCUUUAACACUAAAACUGUUAGGUUCUACAAUCUACUGGUUACUUGCUUUAACACUAAAACUGUUAGGUUCUACAAUCUACUGGUUACUUGCUUUAACACUAAAAAUGUUAGGUUCUACAAUCUACUGGUUACUUGCUUUAACACUAAAAUUGUUUGGUUUCACAUGUUGUUCUUUAGUUUCUAACUUUUAUCCUACAAAAUUAAUACUCGAAAUAUUGAAAUUUUACUUAGUGACUACUUCCUCCAUUUUCUAGUCAUGUCAAAGUUGUUUUAUGCUUUGCUCAAACUUUAGAAUAAUGUAGAUAUAAAAUGUUCUGUUCUAAAAUGUAGAAAAAUUAUACCUAUUUCUUACGAUCUGUCCAGAAUUGAUCACACUAAAACAAUUUUUAAAAAUUUAACAAAGAGGUUCAGCGAAUUUAAAAAUGUUUGAAAUUCAUUGAACGUUUUAUACAUGAUCCUGUGUGCUAACUCUUGUACCAAAAUUUAACAGAGGUUAAUAUGUAUCACAUUGACAUUUUGUAGGCUCACACUUUGUAUAGCAAAUAAUGAAUCUUGAAGUGAUUUAUUUUUUGUUUCAUUUGUGGAAAGUUGAGGAUUUUGCUGAUUUCUGUCUAAAAAAGAAUGUGCUUCACACUUUCCAUGUAACAUGAGUACGUACAUUUAAUUUAGGACACUGCAGGAAAACAUGGUUUUAUUUUGUAAACAGCACUCUUUACAAACACUUAUAACAACUAAAUAUUUGUUCUCCAAGAUAUAUUCUAAACAACUUCUUUAUAUGUUCUUUAAACAAACAGUUAAAUUGUAUGUCCUUUACUGACACAAUAAUCCUGUAUUUAUACAGGAAUCAAGUAAUGUUACAAAAAUGUAUUAUGCUUCACUUUAAUGUUUUAGAGUUUUUAAGCAGCAACUGUGGAUGAAUAAUUCACAAGAAUGAAUUAAUAGCAUCAGUGAUGAAUACUCUUGAAAAUCCUAUGUAGAUAUAAAAUUAUUGUAUAAGUAAAAGACAUUUCCAAACAUCCUACAUAUAAUAAAUGCACUAUAUGAAUCCCAGUCUUCCUAUUUUGAUUUGACCUUCUCCAGGGUUACUAAUGAGGGCUGGUAUUUCAAAAAACUGGUGACAAGUGGUAAAUCAAAUGAUAGUUUGGGCUUCAUUCACAUUUAUUCUUUUGAAGUUAAAUUUAGUUACUCAAAGCAUUUGAUCUAAGUUUUUAAGUAAAUACUAAUAUUGUAUAAAAGUUUUAAAUCAUAAACUUUGAAUAGUGUUUUAUCAAUGCUAUAAUACUGACUAGUAAAUAUACGAUAGAUCUUGAUUUCAGAGUUUGGAGAACAUUGAUAAAUUACUUGGGCUACUUUAAAAAUAUAUGCUAAUUUUUAUUAUUUAAUGGAUAGGUUCCCUUACCCAAUGAAUCUAGAUACUGAUUACCUUAUCAAUACUUUAUAUUUGCUAUGUCCCCCAGCUUGGGAACCUGUCAUCAAGUGUGAUUUAAAACAGGCUGGUAUGCUUCUUUUUCAAUAUUAUUUUUCUUUUUUAUAGAAAAUCCUUUGUUUGUAUUAAUUGAUUGAUGUGAAAUUUCAAUAAAAUCAAACAUGAUUAGUGUUUGAUAUUUUACAUUUCAGAAAAAAAA